AUGAAGCAGAGCAUUUGUGCAUGGGCCCUGGCUGCCGCCAGCGUCGUGACCGCCAGCCCGGAGAAGGUGCAUGAGGAUUCUCUCGUGAGCUCGCACCUGAGCAAGCGUGGGCUCAAUGCAGACGGCGACUAUGUGAUGUCCUUCUUCCACGUCAAUGACGUCCACGCUCAUUUGGACGAGUUCGCCUCAUCAGGUGCCGACUGUACCAACCCUUCGCGUGGCUGCUAUGGCGGUUACGCUCGGAUCAAGCAUGCAGUUGAUGAGCUCCGCCCCCAGCAUGAGGACUCGCUGUGGCUCAAUGCUGGUGAUGAGUUCCAGGGCACCCUUUUCUACACCUACUACAAGGGAGAGAAGAUUGCUGAGACCAUCAACCAGCUCGGAUUCGAUGCUAUGACCCUCGGCAACCACGAAUUCGAUGGUGGCGAUGACGAGCUUGGUGACUUCCUUGCCAAUCUCACAUUCCCCAUCAUCUCUGCCAAUAUCCGCUCCGAGCAUCCGGUCCUGAAUCAAACAAUCAUUCCCUACAAGAUCUUUGAGAAGCAGGGUAUUGCCAUCAUUGGCUGCACAACCCCAACCACAAUCAAUAUCUCACGACCCGGCCCGGGCACCCAGUUCCUCGACGUGAUCGAGCAUGUUCAAGCUGCCAUUGACGAGAUCAAGGCCACUACCAGUAUCAAGCGCAUCGUUGCUUUAACUCACAUUGGAUACGACCAAGAUCAGAUUCUUGCCCAGUCCACCACAGGCCUGUCCCUGAUUAUUGGCGGCCAUUCGCACACCCCGCUCGGCAACAUGGGCUCCAGCCCCCAGGGCGCAUAUCCUACUAUCACCAAGGAUACUGCCGGUAACGAAGUCUUCAUUGUCACUGCGUACCGCUGGGGCGAGUACCUGGGCUACAUUGAUGUUACCUUUGACGAUGAGGGCCGUGCCAUUUCUUACGAUGGUGGCCCUGUCCACCUGGAUAACACUACCGUCCAGGACCAGGAGCUCCAGAGGCAGAUCGAGGAGUGGCGUGCGCCUUUCGAGGAACUCGCUGCCCAAGUCAUUGGUUUCAGCAAUGUAGAGCUCGUCCAGUCUACCUGCCAGACCGAGGAGUGCACCCUUGGUAAUGCCAUGGCCGAUGCCAUUCAGUACUACCGUGAUGGCUUUGCUGACUUCUCCCUCAUCAACGCGGGCGGAAUUCGCGCCGCUAUCGAUGCUGGAGACAUCACCCGCGGCGAAGUUCUCACCUCCUUCCCCUUCGGCAACGCCGUCACCGAGAUCACCAUGUCGGGUGCUGAUGUUCUCCGCCUGCUGGAAGGCUGCGUCUCCCGCGUGAGCAAGUUCAACGGAAAGCCUCUUACCUCGGGCUUCCAGAUUUCCAAGACCCUCAAGGUCCAGUACAACCCCAACCUUACAGCCGGUAGCCGCCUCGUUCGUGCUCUCAUCAACGGGCAGCCCAUUGAUACUGCUGCCAACUAUGUCAUUGCGACGCUCGAUUUCGUUGCUGGUGGCGGCGACAACAUCUUCCCAAUUCAAACCGGGUUUGUCCCUCUCGACCUUCAGGAUGAGGUUCUAGUCCGGUACUUUAACCAGACCAGCCCCAUCAACACCCAGAUUGAGGGCCGCAUCGAGAAGGUCGCUGAAAUCCCCGGUGGAAACAGCACUACCACCACUCCAGUCUCUACACCGGCCUCUACACCGGCCUCGACUCCAAUCUCUACCCCAGUCUCUACACCUGUUUCUUCAUCUGUCUCUAUUCCUGACUCUACGAGUACCCUUCGCACUUCGACUCGCACUCGAUCUUGCAAGUCCAGGGCUACCAAGACUCUCAACUAA